CAUUGCCCUCGCGUUUAUAAAUAGCAAUCGGAAGAAGUAUAAUAUUUAUUCUGAGACAACAAAGUCAGAAGAGUUGAUAAGAAAGAUGGAAAACGAAGCAGCAGCAGCAGAGCAACAGCUGCAGGAGGAGGAGGAGGAGGUGAUCUAUUUCGAUCCCAAUGCCACCAAAAUGGCACAAGUCGUUCAAUCCGACCCAUCUGGUGGUUGGCAAAAAUGUUGGGAACAAGGGUUGACACCGUGGGAUUUGGGUAAGCCAACGCCUGUGUUGGUACAUCUUCACCAGACAGGUGCUCUUCGCACAGGCAGAGCUUUGAUCCCUGGAUGUGGCAGCGGAUAUGACGUGGUUGCCAUUGCAUGCCCUGAGCGAUACGUUGUUGGACUGGACAAAUCCGACAAAGCACAUAAGAGGGCAAAAGAGUUGGCAUCGUCAUCACCAAAUGCUGAUUGUUUGACCUUCUUAAACGAAGACUUCUUUGCCUGGAAACCCACUGAGUUGUUUGAUCUGAUUUUUGACUACACGUUCUUUUGUGCAAUUGAACCUAGUAUGAGACCAGCCUGGGCAAGCCAAAUGCAGUAUCUUUUGAAACCAGAUGGAGAGCUAAUUACGCUAAUGUUUCCGAUUACCAAUCAUGCUUGGGGCCCACCGUACAAAGUAUCAAUUGCUGAUUAUGAAGAGCUGUUGCGUCCCUUGGGAUUUAAACCUAUAUCCACUGUGGAAAAUGAGUUGGCUACUGGAGAUCGCGAGGGAAGAGAGAUGCUUGGAAGGUGGAAAAAAGUUUGAUAGCCAAUCAUUAAUGCUGUGAAAAUGGAUAUAUACUUUCUGGGGAAAAUCUACAAUGCACACCCCUUAAAAUGGUAUAUUAUAUGCACCUAUUUUAUAAUUUAUUUUUAACAUUUUAGCGUGUUUCGUAACUUUUGUUCUAGAAUUCAUAACUUUUUAGCAGUACGAUUCGUAAAAUUUUUAUUAUGAUUCAUAA